UCUGGAAUAAAAUAGAAAGAAACCAGAGAUUCGUUUUUUUUUUAUUAACAAAUAAAGCAAAUAACAUGUUUUAACAAGAAUCCAGAAUGCUACCAGUGGUACCCACCGAAAAAACUAGGGAUGCACCGAAAUGAAAAUUUGAGGCCGAAACUUAAGCGGAAUAAAAUUUAAAGACUUGGCUGAAUACUGAGUACCGAAUAAAUCCGUGUAUCAUUCGUUCUUUCCAUUUUCAAUUGCCAAUCAAAAACGAAAAAAUGAAAAAGUGACUGGUUAUUUUGUUUUUUGUUUUUAUAAUGAAAAACAAAAAACGGAAAAACGGCUGGUUUUUCAUAUUUCAAUUUUAGGCACAGAUCAAAAAUACGAAAUCGAAAAACGGGACACAGAACUGAAUUUGAUUUUAAUAUUUAAUUUGUCGGGUUUACGUGACCCGGAAAUGGCUCUGUACGCGGUUCUACGGCAGUAACCAUAGCUACCAUGGCGGCGCUGGAACAACACACAGAUUUGAUUAAGGACUUGUUCCACAGCGGUUUGACGCACAAGAACAUUUCCUGCACGUUGCAGCAGAUGGAUCUCCUACAAUGCUCAGAAAUGAGCGUCAGAAGAUUCUGUGCGCGGCAUGAUCUGAGGAGAAAAAGUCAUAUAUCAGACGCAGAGCUGGAGAGCGCUUUGAUUCAAUCUAUUUAUGAGACGGGACCAUCAUAUGGCCGAAAAUUCAUGACCGGCUAUCUGUCUUCACUGGGGGUGCAUGCUGGAGAAGGUCGGAUUGGAAGAACCCUAAGAGAGCUCCAUCAGCCAUACCAUGAAUUCCGGCGUCAGGGUGCUCGUAAUUUAAAUCCAAUUCCCUACCAUGCUGAGUAUAUGGGUCAUAAGCUUCAUUUAGACCAAAAUGAAAAGCUUGGGAUGUUUGGAGUUACACAUGUUUUGGCUGUUGAUGGCUACAGCAGCAAAAUUGUCGCACAUUCGACCAUGCCAGUGAAAAACAACCUUGUGAUUUAUGAGGAUGUAUACAGAUCUGCAGUUGUGAACCAUGGCAUGUGGGACCAAGUUCGGGUUGAUCAUGGCAGGGAGUUCUACCUGUGUCUUUACAUGCAGGAGAGGCUGUCAAGAUACAGACACAACCUCAGCCGGCCACCAUACCUCCAAACCAAAUCAUCAAGGAACCUUCGAGUGGAGAGGUUGUGGCCAGAGGUGAACAAUCGAGUGAACUAUCCACUUAAACGGGCUCUGGUGCACCUGCUGGACCAAGAGGUUGUGAACAUGGAGGACAACCUCACUAAAUUUUGCAUCUCAAAUCUGACAUGUCAAGUAAGCCAAAUUGGACUUGACAGAGUGGUGCGUUCAUGGAAUGCACACAAGAUUCCAGGUCGUGGAAUACCCAAUGAACUGGCAGCAGGUGGCUGCCUAGCUAAAGUCUCGGAGGAGCUGCUGCCAUGUGCUUCUGUUGUGGCAAACACGUAUGAGCAAGACUUAAGAUGCUCACUGACGUGGGAGUCUGCUUUUGGAUCUGAUCCGUUUUCAUCUGAAGAGGGCAGAUGCCAUGCAGAACAGAGCUUUGCAGAGAACUACCCUGAUAUCUCUCUUCUUUUUAAUCAUGUGGUAAACAACGAUGAUACUCCUUUCCAAGAUGCUUUAAUCUGCCUAAUGAAUGUGACUGCAAGAUAUGUCUGAAAAAAU